GGUGUCAAUUUUUGAAAUAAACCAACAUGGCGUACGCGAGUGGCGAAGAAUUCGGUGGUUCUUCUGUCAAGUGUCUUUUUUUUACGUUUUUAAAAUCUACUAAAUUAAUUAGUAAUUGUUUUAAUCGAAAGUGAUCCUCUUAGGUGCGCGCCGUCCCCGGUCUGUGUCUGGUGUCCGAUCAUGUGAAUGUCCUUCAUUUCACAACGACGAAACCCCGAAAAAAAAGUUAUACAGGUAUAAAACAUACACACACAUCCAACCAGAGAGAGAAGAUUUUAUGCAAUCCGCUUUACGCUAAACAAAAAAGUUUUCCAAAGCCGACAGGAUUGGGAAGGAUAAGUUAAGGGAAGGAAGAAGACCACAGAAGAAGAACAGCCGCCCUCGCGACAUUCCACACACGGAAAAUCACGUUUUCCGGACAAGCUGCUGCCACAGACAUGGAAACGAUAUCCUCACACUGUCACGAGUGGCGCACGUGAUGUGUGCGACACGGGGCUGGGGGCGGCAGCCGCCCUGCUGCAGUAAGGCCCCACUGCUGCUAGUCCUGCGGUGCCUGGCGCAGGUCCUCGCCACAGGCUUCCACCGUUUCCUAGCAAGAUUCUCAGGGAGAAGACGGCCGUUCCAUCAGAAAUCGCCUCCAUGGACAAUAUUAGCAUUAGUUGUAGUCUCUUCUUUAUUUAGUAUAGUCGAUGCGUGUUCGUCGCGUACAACGCCGAAACCACGGCCGCCCGUCCCGACGGCCCGGCCGAACAUCACAUUCCAUACGUACGCGUGUCCCCCGGCGUACGCGGCUUGGUACUGCCUCAACGAGGCCACCUGUUUCACAGUCAAGAUCCGGGAUUCGCUGCUCUACAACUGCGAAUGCGCGGAUGGUUUCAUGGGUCCUAGAUGUGAAUAUAAAGACCUAGAUGGAUCAUAUUUACCAUCGCAAAGGCGAAUUCUGUUGGAGACGGCGAGUAUAGCUGGGGGAGCGACGAUAGCAGUGCUAUUCGUGUUCAUCCUAUGCGUGAUGGCUUACGUCCACUACAAGAACAAGAUGAAAUCGGGCCUGGAUUGCGUGGACGGAGUGGUGUGGCGGCCCGGGUUGCUGCCGCCCCGCACCAACAGCAACCAAAGCCAACAACGUAUCUUUGGCACGAAGUGGCGGACGAACAAUCCCAAUCCCCACGGGGACAUCGCUGCCGUCCACGAUAGCCUAACGGUUCAGCUCCAACAUCAGCAGCAGCCACCUCACCAGCAGCCCCACGAUAAGAACUCCAGCCGGAUAGAAUUCUACUUGUAGAAGAAACCAAGCUCCCCGAAAGUUUUAAGUUGAUCGAAAAAGAAAACAGACUUUAUUUUUUCUUCUCCGAAGAAAAAGAAAUUCGAGACUCCGACCGCGGAAGUGACUACACACGAAAACAUUGAGAAAGGUUGAACAUUUCGCGAGUGACGCAAGACUAGAAAAAAUUGAAUCUAUAUAUAUAAAUAUAUAUAUACGAAAACGAGGAAAAUUCAUUUGGGACUUUAAUAUUUAAACUGAAGAAGCAAAGCAAGCGUAAAUAUAUUUAUAUAUAUAAUAUAUUACUUUCCUAUUUCCUUUUUCUAAAAUUUAUUUCUGGGGGAGAAUACUUUAUGAGAAAAAAAAAGGAAAGCAAACUGAUGGACGGACGGAUGAAGUUAACUAGAAGGAUCUUAACGAAUUGCUGUGUUUAUUUCCUCGAACGCCGUCUCUCCUAUUCUUCUUCGGCAAUGCGCGUCCCCCUUGUUAUAUAUGUUUAUAUACAUACCUGCAUACAUGCAUAUAUCUUCGAAUAUGUGAAAAAAUUGUUAUGUAAUAUUAAUUGAUUUGUUUUGAUAACUUAGGAGGACGAAGUGCGCGUGCGUUGCGCUGUACGUACGAUGAAGAAAUGAGGCGAUGACCACAUUGCAUUUUGUUCCACCCCUUCACAACUCUCCCUACUAUUUAAUUAUUAUUAUUAAUUAUUAUUUGUUCGUGGCGGCACCUUGUUAUACGCAGCGUAUAAAGAAAGAACAAAAAACCAAAACCCUUAUUUAUUUUAUUAUUAAUUUUUUUAUUGCGAGGAAAAAAAGUAUAUAUAUAUAAUUUAUGUGUUGUAAAUCAUCAAAGCAGUUUUUCCCCACCUUCUCACUGUUAUUAUUAUUAAUUCGUACAUUCGGUUGGCAAGUGUCGUGUCCUCUGGUGCAGCUCUACCAUUGCCAAAAAAAUAUCAGAGGAACGCAAAUAUUAUCAUUCUGUUCUGAAAUUUAUUAAUUAUCAUCCAACGGAAACCGGAAAAAAAA